AUAAACAGUACUUUAGAUUAGGAUAUUCGUUUUUCUAUGAACUUUAUCUUGGCAAAUAAAAUCGAAGGUCAAAUUCUGCUAUUUCAUAACCAUUUAUCAAUGCACUCAAGUGUUAUUUAUAUUAUUUACAAACGAUAAAAAAAUUAUUAACUUCAUAUAGAGUGUUUGUUAUUUCCUCUUAUAAACGAAAUAACUUGAGUUGGUAAUAUACAGAUUGAAAUUUAUAAAAAUCUAACUUUUAGAUAACAACAUAACCAUUAAUACAAUUAUAAGAAAAAAUUUCCUCAUAAAUGUAAAGAAUUUCUGUUUAAUCAUGUGAGCAGACGAUAGAGGGGUCAGAAGAAUUACAUAAACAAAUUAUUUAUUAAAAGAUAUCAAGCGGGAAGAGUUUUCAUAUUGACUCCACUCUGUAUAUCUUACGAAUUAAUUUUUCGAUAAUGAUGCAUCAUCGGGGGGAGAUAAAAGUGUGAUAAAAACAACUUUUUAUCAUAAUAUUUUCGAGUAAUUAUUAAAAAUUAGAGUAAACACCAUUCAGUAACUUAACCUGGAUUCAUUAAAAUAUAACAGAUAUUUUCAACUCGAACUUCGUCUUAACAAUGUUAAGGUUAUUAAUGCUCGUAUUGUUUCUUAAUUAUGGUUCAACAGACAUUUAUAAAUCAUGUAAAGACAUCAAUUUUUGCAAAGAACUGAGAAACAUUGAACCAGUGCAAUUUAGUCCCCAGUUUGAUGAAAUUAGUGAAGAUAACAAUGUGGUCACAAUUCCAUUAGUUAAUAAAGAUAAACAAGAACUUGAUUUAAAAAUAACUAUCCUUGAAAAUUAUACAGUAAGAGUAAAGGUUACGGAAAAAAAUAAAACAAGAUAUGAAUUGAAAGACGUUUUAUUUAAAGAACCAGAUGUUUUAGAAGUCGUCGUAGACAAAUCAAACGCCGAUUUAGUAACAUUAUCGCCAAAAGAUGGAUCUCUCAAAGUUGUUAUAACAUCAGGAACUUCGUUCAAGGUAGAAUUUUAUUAUGAGGAUAUUUUGGAAAUAGUUUUCGUAGGGGAAAAUUUGGUAUUCAGUCAGGUGGAUAACGCUUUCGGAUUCGUCGCCGAAUUUUCCGAUAUCAUCCAACUGUACGGUCUCCACCAUCACGCCGUCAAAUUAGAGUUACCAGUCACGAAGGAUUCGUCCGGAAAGGUUUUAUCGGAUCCUUACAGAAACAGAAAUUCGGAUAACGCCAAUUACCCGGCCAACGGGCUCGGCCCUUUAUACGGAACAGUUCCGGUCGUUUAUGGACAUUCCGAAAAACACACUUCCGGUAUAUUUUUACACAACGCCGCCGAACAAUGGGUGGAUCUGUGGUACAAUUCGACUUCCGGUUACGUUUAUUUCAUGGCGGAAAGCGGCGCGUUGGAUUUGUUCAUUUUACUCGGCGAUACGCCGAAAGCGGUCGUUAGACAGUUUACCGGAUUGACAGGCGUCGCGCACAUGCCUCAGUUGUGGACCCUCGGUUACCACCAGUGUCGUUGGUCGUAUUUUACACAAGAAGACGCUUGGAACGUCGUCACUUCGAUGAGCCGGAACCAUUUUCCGCUAGACGCCAUUUGGCUGGACAUCGAUUACACCGACGAGAAAAAGUAUUUCACUUGGAAUCCGGUCAAUUAUUCGGAUCCGAUCCAAUUCCAAGCAAACAUAUCCGGAGCGAAUAAAAAGUUGGUGGCGAUUAUUGAUCCUCAUAUUAAAGUCGAUGUAAAUUAUCCAGUUUACGAAGGAGCCAAAGAUAAAUAUUUCGUACAAUGGUCGAACGGAACCGAUUACGUUGGUAGUUGUUGGCCCGGUCCGUCGAGUUACAUCGACUUCCUCAAUCCGGAAGCUCGAAAUUAUUACUCAAGUUGGUAUAGCUACGACAAAUUUGUGAAUUCCACCUCGACUUUGGCCGGUAUUUGGAACGACAUGAACGAACCGUCAGUAUUCGACGAUUCGACCGAAAAAAGUUUGCCGUACGACGUUCUACACUACGGAGAAGUUCAACACAGAGACGUACACAACAUUUACGGUUUACUUCACACAAUGAGUACCCACAAAGGAUUGAUGGAUAGAGAUAACGGUACGAUUAGACCGUUCAUUUUGACGCGUUCCACUUUUGCCGGAAGUCAACGUUACGCCGCCAUGUGGACGGGAGACAAUACCGCCGAUUGGCCGUACCUACAGAUCAGUUACUCCGAGUGCCUCCUAUCAAAUAUAGUCGGUUUAGUUUUUUGCGGAGCAGACGUCGGUGGGUUUUUCGACGAACCUACCGCGGAGCUACUUCAAAGAUGGUACCAAGCCGCUAUAUGGUUGCCUUUCUUCAGAGGACAUGCCUCGAACACCGUCGGACGAAGGGAACCCUAUCUAUUCGAGAAAGACGUUCAAAAUGUUAUCCGGAACGCUAUGGAAGUGAGAUAUAGUCACAUACCCAUGUGGUAUACUUUGUUUUACGAGCACACCAUUUCUGGGGAUCCAGUUAUAAGGCCUAUAUUCUACGAAUAUCCAGGAACUACAAAUCAGGACUAUCAUAUUUUGUUGGGCUCGUCUAUUCUGGCUAGACCUGUUAUGGAUAAAGGAGCUAAAAGUGUAAAUGUGAGUUUCCCAGGUACUAAAGAUGUUUACUGGUACAGGUUAGACGAUGAUUCUUAUAAAAUAUUCUCCGGUGAUAGUUCGACGAUUAUUACUGUUGACAUGAUUACAUCGCCAUAUUUCUAUAAAGGAGGCAGUAUUAUAGCAAGAAAAAAUGAAAAUCGAUACUCGACGACUGAUAUGCAGUCAGAUCCGUUCGAUUUAUACAUUACCUUAGAUUCUAAUGGAGAAGCCGAAGGGACGUUGUACGUGGAUGAUUAUACAAGUUUCAAAUAUAGAGACGAAAAACUUUAUUUUUAUGUUCGUAUAAACUACAUAACGGAAACCGGGGGAAUUUCUAUUGAGAAAAUUAACGGUGGAGAGGGGGACUUUGUUGUGAACAUCAAGCAAGUUAUAGUAGUCAAACCUUCAAAUUUAGGCACAAAUAAAUACGUUUAUGAACAUCUAGCUGACGGUGCGGCAUUGAAAAGUGUUGAUUUGUGUCAACGAUUAAAAAAAAAUCGAAAAGUCAGUUUAGUAUUUUAAUUUUUGUAAAAUAAUUUUAUUAAAUAUAUUCGAUAGCAUA